UCUCGUUUUAAACAUCUUGACCUCAGAAGCAUGAGAAAGGCAUGCUUAUAGGAUUAUUUUUCAGUGGGUUGUUUUACUUUAAUUCCUGUAAACUUUUAUUUUUUCUUCCUUAUGGAUGCUAAUCUGCUGCAGUGGAAAACUCAAGGCCAGUCUUUUCUCAGUAGGUUGAGGACUUGGCUUUACCUCCUGGAUCCAUCCCUGCUGCUCUCCUCUGAUGCUGAAAUACUGAAAGCCCAUUCUCUUAUUGGAAGUACAGAGAAGCUGGGUGAAAAGGAUGAAGUGGCAGUGAACCUCUCACUUUCUUCUUCCCACACUGGUACUGGUGCUGUUCUUCCACUUUUUUUCCGCCCCCCAGCAUAUCUACCAAUAUCAGGACCUUUGGUCGUUGCGAGUCUCUUGCCUCACAGCGGAGUCAAAGCGGCGCUGUUCUGGCAGUUUUUGCUGCAGAGUUACAACGCCGGGUUCAGCUACGUGCACAGAAACUCUUCAACAGAGAAGGAGAAGAAGACGUCACUACAGCAGCUUCUUGUCAUCGCGGGAACCGUUUCCUACACGACGUGUGCUGGGGCUCUUCCUCAGAUUUUUAUCGACAGGCUCCGCAUAAGAAGCCCUCCGUUGCAGACGCUCUGCAGGUCGAUUCUCCCCAUUCCGCUGUCAGCUGCUCUGGCGUUCCUCAACGUUCUCACCGUCAGACACCAGGAAACAGAAACAGGGAUCCAAGUGUUCGAUUGUAACGGAAACCCUGCUGGCGUCUCCAAAGCAGCAGCGUCAAAGGCCGUGUGGGAAACUGCGCUGUCGAGGGCGGUGCUGUUUGGGACGACUGCUGCCGUUCCUAACCUGCUGGUUUUAUUCUUACAAAAGAGAGGAUUUUUCCAGAGGAACUCUCUGCUGAUGGCACCGUGUCGCCACAUCAGCGCGGCGCUCGUCCUCGGAACGAUGAUCCCCGUCUCCUUCAGCCUCUUCUCGCCGGUGGGAACGAUAAACCGGGACAGCGUGGAGGAGGAGCUGCAGGCCGGAGCGUCGGGCCAAACCUUGUUCUACCACAGAGGACUGUGAGGGGCAAAACCUCAGGAAAUGUCUCAAAAUUAAUUUAUUAAACCAAGUCAUUUUGAUAUUAACUUUA